AUGGAAGGGGGUGGGUGGGGGGGCGGGCAGACAGAGAGAGAGCCGCCCGGACGACGGAGGCAGGGCGGGCGGGACGCGAACGGACGGCGGCCGCACGCCGACGGGAGAGCCGACGCGGAGCCGGCCCCCUCGAACGAACGUACGCCCGACCGAACCGCCGGCCCGCCCGCCGGCCAGCCGACCGACCGAGCGACCGACCCAAUCGGCCGCCCCCCACCGGAUCGCUUGGCUGCCGCCGGGGAGAACGAGGCCCGAGGAGGAGGAGGGGAGGACGUCCCAGCUACCUCGCGGCGCGGACGGACGGCACGGGAGCGCCCGGCAGGAGAGCCGGCCCACGCGGGCAGCCCUGUGUCUCCACAGACAGCCGCGCGGGCACGGAACCCUGACCGGCCGCCGCCCCGGCCGCCGCCACCGUUCACCCCUCGCCGGCCGCCUCCGGGAGGCACGCGGGCGCGGAGGACGAGGCGGGCCCGCUCGCGCGAAGCGAGAGGGAACGCCGCCGCCGACCGGCCACGGCCCCGCCGGACGCGGGCGCGGCGGAGGAGAGCGCGACGCGACGAGAGGGACGAGCUCCCCGGGGCGGGCCGCCCCGGGGCGUCGGGUCUGGACUUGGAGGGUCGUAGGCGCCGCCGCCGCCCGGCCUUCCCCGGGGCCGGGGAAGGGCUGCACGGGCGGGGCGGACCGUCGGAGCCUGCGAACGCCGGCCGGGCGGACCGGACCGGCUUCCCCCAGCUGCGCCCCGGCCCGCGGCCGCCCACCCGACCGCCCCGCUCGCCGGCCAGGGGCGGGCGAGGGGGAAGAGGCGUGCGCGGCGCGCGGGACCCGCGGACGAUUGACCUUCAAGCGACGCUCAGACAGGCGUAG